CUCAUCAGUGGCAUGUGGCUUAUAUCCAGAAGAUACCCAGUUCCUGCAGUCCACAGGGGUACAGUGUCUGGAAUCAGCAGACCUGUUUUAGAGACUCAUCAGUCUAGAUGCUACUCUUCUGGAGGAAGAAAGGGUUUUAUAUCAGGUUUUGUGGAGAACAUCAAACAGGAAUUGGCGAAAAACAAGGAGAUGAAAGAAAGUAUUAAAAAAUUCCGAGAUGAAGCUAAAAAGCUAGAAGAAUCUGAUGCGCUUCGAGAAGCAAGGAGGAAAUAUAAAACCAUUGAAUCUGAAACAGUGAAGACCUCAGAAGUGAUUAGAAAGAAACUUGAAGAAAUAACUGGUACAGUUAAAGAGAGUUUGGAUGAAGUAAGUAAGAGCGAUAUUGGCCGAAAAAUAAAGGAAGGUGUGGAAGAAGCAGCAAAAACAGCAAAGCAGUCUGCGGAAUCGGUGACAAAAGGAGGGGAGAAAUUAGGGAAGACAGCAGCCUUCAAAGCUAUUUCUCAGGGAGUAGAAACCGUUAAGAAGGAAAUAGAUGAAAGUGUUUUAGGGCAGACUGGUCCUUACAAACGUCCGGAGCGGCUACGAAAAAGAACGGAAUUCUCAGGCGAGAGGAUUAAAGAGGAGCGAGUAUUUGAAGCUAAUGAGGAGGCCAUGGGUGUGGUGCUGCACAAAGACUCAAAAUGGUAUCAGCAGUGGAAAGAUUUCAAGGACAACAAUGUGGUCUUCAAUAGGUUCUUUGAAAUGAAGAUGAAGUACGAUGAAAGUGAUAACGCAUUCAUUCGAGCUUCCAGAGCUGUCACAGACAAAGUCACUGACUUAAUAGGUGGAUUGUUCUCGAAGACAGAAAUGUCCGAGGUUUUGACAGAGAUACUCAAAGUGGAUCCAUCGUUUGACAAAGAUCGGUUUUUAAAGCAAUGCGAGCGCGAUAUCAUCCCCAAUGUCUUGGAGGCUAUGAUGUCUGGAGAGCUUGAUAUCCUCAAAGAUUGGUGCUAUGAAGCAACUUACAGCCAGCUUGCUCAUCCGAUCCAGCAAGCCAAAGCCAUGGGUCUCCAGUUCCACUCCAGGAUUCUUGACAUUGACAACAUUGAUCUGGCUAUGGGGAAGAUGAUGGAGCAGGGACCAGUGUUAAUCAUCACUUUCCAGGCUCAGGUCGUGAUGGUGAUUAAGAACCAGAAAGGGGAAGUGGUGGAAGGUGAUCCGGACAAGGUUCUGCGGAUGCUGUACGUGUGGGCGCUCUGCAGAGACCAGGACGAGCUCAACCCCUACGCUGCGUGGAGGUUACUGGACAUUUCCUCGUCGAGCACGGAGCAGGUUCUCUGAGAAGAAUUGCAUCCGAGGGCUCCCGGUACUUCCCCCGAAGCGACGCCGUCUCUGAACUUGCACCAGUCUGCUGUAUGAUGGACUGUGGGAGAAGGAGGCUGGGCUGGCUCGUUUUGAGCAGGCUGUUUGGUGUGCCCUCGUUACACCAGUCCCUUUAAUGAACUGGAUGAGUCUGACUUACUGGACGUAUCUGCCUUACGCUUUGCUGUGUAGUGUCGCACUGUAAGGAUGUACGGGAGAUUCCAACGUGAAUGGUCUGAGACACUAGCAGCUGCUGUUGGCUCCUUUUUUAAUUGUGGCUGCAGGAGGCUGGUUUGGGUCCUGUAUGUUUCCCAGUGCUUCCAGUGAUGGACAGAGGUGGGUGUCGGACAGUGAGAUGUGACAGGCCUAGUUCCCAUCUCCUGUCAUCCUCUGGUGGCCUCAGAGCAUCCCUGAAAAGGUCUUAGAGGUGCUUUUAAGGCCCGUUGGUCUUGGCUGACAUACAUCUCCUGUACACAGUCGCACCGAUAAGCCUUCUGUUGCUGCAGCGUCUCGCACUUUACCGAACCAAAUACAACCAGGACUUUGCACGUGACUCUUUGUUGGCGUGGAGUCAGGGUGGAG